AUGGCAGACUCGGGAGCCGGCGUAGUAGAGGUCGGAGCGCAACCCGAGGACCAUGCUCUCGCGUCGGACGUGCCCGGCAAUCCCAACACGGACACACACACCAUCGCUUCUCCAGUGACGGGUGCGGAGACGGGCACCCCGGUGCCGUUAGCUGCUGUCCAGGGAGAGGGUGGAGAUAUCACCCAGGGCGGAAGAGGAGAGCUUCCUGCGGCCUUUCCCAAGAGACGCCGUGGCCGUCCUCCCGGUCGCCCGAAUAGGACAGUCAAGGAGGAUGAUUACCAGGAGAACCCGCUGGUCAAGGCAUGGAACGCGGCCAAGGAGGAGCAACCCCUGGCGGCUGUCGCCAUCCGCGUUAAAGACGCCCUGACUGCAGACUCUCUUGUUCACGAUACGCAACGGGCCAUCUUCAACGACUGUCCCAGUCGCGAAUACAUCUACUUUGUCAACGGAUGGAUCACGGCCCGCCACAUUGCCUCUCAGCGGCCCAGUUACGUCAACGGUCUGCUCAUCCACUCACGCGGCACAGAUGCCCCGGUGCAGUGCACCCAAUGUGCUGAUCGCCGCACCAAAAAUGCCCUGGGUCCCUUCAUAGUCUGUCGGAUCUUGCCCGGGAGCUUCCAUAACAGCUGUUCGAACUGCAAGUGGUUCGACAACACGUCAGCCUGUUCGCUGUAUACGGGCCCUACCCCCAACCGGAAGCGCAAGGCCAGGGCCCUUUCUGCUGGACCGAAUCCUGAGGAGAACACUACUACUACUACCAACGGGACUUCUGGUGUUGGUGCUGAUCAGCAGAAUGUUGCCCCAGACCAGACGGAGAUGGCUCACCAGAAUGCCCAGUAUACGUCCUUGCAAUUAGGCGUGAGGAUGGCGGCCCCGGAGGCGGAUAUGGAGGGAACUGAGGACCUCCAGGGACUUGGCCACGAGCUACAAGACCAUGACGCAGUGGAAGAGUCGCAGAGCGGUCAGCUAUCAGCUGGGAAUGAUGAUGACGAUGAUGAUGAUGAAGAUAACUCUGUCGACGCUCAGCUUGCCGCCCAGCUUCUUCCCGAGAUUCAUGGACACAAUGACCAUCGGGACUAG